AUGAAUUAGAGUACACAUUACAGUAAGUCGAAAUUUGAAUUUGAUGAAAUAAUGCAACAAAUCGAAAAUGAUUCCCCAUUAUAAACUGUCUAUAGAAAAAAUAGCUUUGCUAUUAAGAAUCUUAGUUUAUAUGAUACUCCUGAAGAAGAGAUAGAACAAACUGAAUAUUCAGCUAAAAGUUUAUCAGAAAGUUAAUAAAAUACACAAAUUUGA